GUUAUCUCCGCACCCGUCCACCCCAGGGACUGCCCGGCGCACGCAGGGUCACAAUUGCCCCCCAGGGCGCGUCAACACGGGCCACCCAGCUGGACCACGCCGCCUCAGUCCCGCGACCCACCACCCGCUGUCCGCGGCGUCCAGUCCUGUGGGCGACGCAGCCAUGGGCUCCCGCGGGCCCUACACGCUGGUGGACACCACACCCGCCAAGACCAUCCUGGUGUACCGUAACGGGGACCAGUUCUACGUGGGCAAGAAGUUCGUGCUGUCGCGGCGCCGCGCCGCCACCUUCGAGGCGCUGCUGGAGCAGCUGACGGAGCAGGUGGACGUGCCGUUCGGCGUGCGGCGCCUCUACACGCCCACGCGCGGUCACCAGGUGCACGAGCUGGACGCGCUGCAGACCGGCGGCAAGUAUGUGGCGGCCGGGCGCGAGCGCUUCAAGAAGCUCGAUUAUAUUCACAUAGUUCCCAGAAAACCUACAAGGAUGAGGAAGUUGAAAGAAAUCAAGCCGGUGGUACAUUGUGACAUCAGCGUGCCCUCCAGGUGGCAGGCCUACCAUCGAAUAUCCAGACACAUCAAUGUUUUCACAAAUGGACGAUUGUUUAUCCCACCUAUAAAAAUCAUCAUCCCCAAAUUCAGUCUGUCAGAUUGGAAUAGCGUGCUGGCCACGAUUGGAGAGAAGGUCUUUCCUCUGGGAGGCGUUCGGAAGUUAUUUACCCUGAAUGGAAGUCUGUUGAACAAUUCCAAGGACUUACAAGACAAUCAUUUUUAUGUUGCUGUGGGACUCGAGACCUUCAAGCAUUUUGCUUACUGGAAGUCCCCGAGAGUUCCCAGUGAAGUGCAACGAAGUUACAUGGACGCUGAAAAACACCCACAGAGAAAGAAAAAGGUGGAUCCCAAAGUGAAAGAACCUCCUAAACAAGAGAGCCUCCCCCCCAGAACUCAGGAUUCUGUUUAUUAUGCCAAAGAAGGAAGGAAGGAAGCCCUGGUAGAACCUUUGGUCCAAACAGGUGCAGAAGGUGAUGUGUACAGAGCACAGACGCCGACCAAGGACUCCCAGGGAGUGCUGCAGGUCAAGGAGGACGUGGACGUGCCGGUGGAGGUGCCUGUGGACCAGGUUCCAGCUGAAAUAGUCAAGGAAGAUGAAGAGACGCAAGUUACCAGUCCUGACUUCGAAGGCAAUGUGGGGAAGAAAGAUGAGCUGCCCUCCGAAGACACUGAGAGAGAGGAAUGUAACUUCCGCGGCUCUGUCAUGUGCCAUAGCUCUGCUCCCAGACCUAGCAAAGAAAACUCAGAGGGGAAGAAGCACCUCCGAGGCUUUGCAGGGAGACCAUUCACGAGUGUCUUUUAAGAAAAGAUUGUCCUUAAGACACAGCACAAAGAGAAAAGCGUCUCUCAAGAACAUCAGCAAGAAUAAAAAAGUGGUUCCGCUUCCUG